CAUAAGGCAAAUUAUUGCAACUAGGCCUGGCGUGCCGAUAUCAUGGCUGACAAGGCGAAGAAGAAGGCAAAGAAUGAUGAGCCAGCUGUGUCAUCAAGGCCGACGGUCAAGAAGGACUUCCGGCACCCGCCGCGGCUACCGACCAUCGCCAGGCCCCUACCAGAGGAAGACUUGGAGGUGAUGCACCAUGCUGAGGGAGUGGACAGCGAUUCGGACGUAGACCCUGCCUACAUCUCUCCCAGCAUCCGCGACAAGCUGGGCGUGCCGCUAGAGGUGAAGUUGCCUCCAGCACUUCUGCAAGCCGCAGAGGAUACAGGCUAUACUCGGGGAGUGCGGCAGAUCCAGAGAUCGGUAGUGAAAAUGCAGGCAGCAAAGCGGGACGAGCACCUGAAGCCGAAGCCUCCGCCUAUUGGCAGCGCUCAGCUGGAUGAACAGAUGCUGCGGAAAGUGUUCCAGAAGAUGGAGCGGGCUUUAUGCAAGACGAGCCCAUGGGUUCCUCCACAUGUUGCGGGCAAAUCUGAGACAUUGUGCUGGCAGACUUCCUGGAGUUUCAUUGCCAAACUUGGUAAGGUGUGUUCAGAGCGAGCUCCUGGAAUAUGUAAGUACACCAUGGCUGAAUGAAGGUGUGGAGAUCGGUUGGGCAACACUUGAUUUGUGUGUGUGUGUGUGGGUGCGGCGCGUGCGCGUGCGCGUGCGCGUGCGCGUGCGCGUGCGCUUGCGCUUGCGCUUGCGCUUGCGCUUGCGCUUGCGCUUGUGCUUGUGCUUGUGCUUUUGUUUUUGCUUGUGCUUGUGCUUGUGCAUGUGCAUGUGUAGCUGCGAGCCUGCCUAUAUACAUUUACUCCAGACUCAAACUAUUCCACUCGAUUUGGCCAGUGCUUCCUGAGCGAGACACAUGCACCCCUUGAGGAUCUCGACAACUGCGAGGCUUUUGGAGACCUGUCCGGCUGUUCGUUCUUGGCACCCUGCGUCUUGUUCCAGGUUUAACGUUUGCGUGU